CUUCAUUCAUUCAUCUUCUUCAUAUAAACAAAAACCCACCAACCAUUACCAAAAAUUACGAGUAUUUUUCGAGAGAAAGUAGUGGUUAGAGAGAGAAAGGCUGAAAUUUUUGAUCGGUCGUCCAAGGAACACGCGAAUCGUUUCAAGGGAUUUUUACUUACGUACUGUGAUGGGCGAACACGUUGUCGUGGUGGUUGAUCGAAUGGAGAAAUCGAAAGAAGAAAUUAUGGGACAAUCGUCUUCGUUUGAUGAUGAUGAUGAUAGAGAUGUGGGUUCGAAUGAGGAAGAACCAUUGAUAAAUUUGUCUGAAUGUCGAAUCUGUCAAGAGGAAGAUUCAAUUAAGAAUUUGGAGACUCCAUGCGCUUGCAGCGGUAGUCUUAAGUAUGCUCAUAGGAAAUGUGUUCAACAUUGGUGCAAUGAGAAAGGCGAUAUCACUUGUGAGAUCUGUCAUAAGCAAUACCAACCUGGUUAUACUGCUCCUCCUCUUCCACCCUCCCUUGAAGAGACAUCAAUUGAUGUCAGUGGAUGGACUAUGCCUCUGGAUAUUCAUGAUGCUCGAAUCUUAGCCAUGGCUGAAGCAGAACGUCAAUUUUUGGAAGCCGAGUAUGAUGAGUAUGCAGCAACAAAUGCAAGCGGAGCUGCUUUCUGUCGCUCUGUUGCUUUAAUUUUAAUGGCUCUUUUGCUGUUGAGGCAUGCAAUGAGUGUUACCGAUCCAGAAGGAGGAGGAGAUGAGGAUGAUCCAUCGGCUGUCUUUUCGCUUUUCUUGCUCCGGGCAGCUGGGUUUCUUUUACCAUGUUAUAUUAUGGCUUGGGCAAUCAGUAUAUUGCAACGUCGAAGACAAAGACAGGAAGCUGCAACAUUGGCAGCGACUCAAUUUGCAUUUGUUCUACAAUCAGGUCAAGCGAGGGGUGUCCAUUUCACUAUUGCCUCUGCUCCUAAUGUUAAUGCCCAACGUGAAACUGUUUGAGACGACGCAGCGAUAAUCAAAUCAAUGGUUAAGAUUGAUUUUGCACGUCCAUCAGAUGAAAGGAUUCGUAUCGGAUAUUAUUGAGUUUUAUUAGAAUACAGUUUUUCUUGUUUAAAUUUAUUCUCUCUUUAUGUAUCUUUGUUCUCUUCUUCUUUUAAAUAUGUGAAAGAGUAUAUUAAGGUUUUAAUGUACAGAAUAUUUUGUUUAUUUAAUGAAGUCUCAUUUUAUUUAA